AUGCCCGCUAUCGAGAGGAAGAAGAUCGAUCUCACUCCUUUGAAGAAGGCAAAUGUUCCCAUCUUCUUCAUUGUCGGAGGCCCUGGAUCGGGUAAGGGUACACAGUGCGACAAGAUUGUGGCAAAAUAUGGUUUGUCACAUCUUUCGUCUGGUGAUCUUCUCAGGGAUGAGGUAGCCUCUGGAUCACCUCGAGGUGCUGAGCUCACUAAGAUUAUGGAAGCUGGAGCUCUCGUUCCCUUGGAAACUGUCCUAGACCUCGUCAAAGAAGCCAUGGUAAAAGAGGUUGAAAAAGGAAGCAAAGGUUUCCUCAUUGACGGUUACCCGCGUGAAGUCAAACAGGGUGAACAAUUCGAAAACGAGAUCCAAGAAGCCAAAGCAGUCAUCUACUUCGAGGUUUCUGACGAUAUCCUAGUACAACGACUUUUGCAUCGCGCCAAGACCAGUGGACGUGCUGACGAUAAUAUGGAUACUAUCAAAAAGCGCCUUGCAACCUUCAGUAACGCCACAACUCCUGUAGUCGAUUAUUACCAGAAGAAGAAUAAGCUAAUCACGAUCCCAGCUUAUGGCACCAUUGACGAAAUAUUCGGAGUUGUAGAGAAGCAUCUCGACCAGCUCAUGGGCAUCAAAGAAUUCUUGGAACGAAAACCCAUUGACCUGACCCCACUGAAGAACGCUCACGUCCCGAUAUUCUUCAUUGUAGGAGGUCCCGGCUCUGGAAAAGGCACACAAUGCGAAAAAAUUGUUCAAAAAUAUGGCUUGUCCCAUCUUUCCUCCGGUGAUCUACUCAGGGAUGAGGUCGCAUCAGGCUCUCCUAGAGGAGCGCAACUAUCGAAAAUCAUGGAGGAAGGAAAACUGGUGCCAUUGGAGGUUGUGUUGGAUCUAAUCAAGGAGGCCAUGCUGAAAGAGGUGGCCAAAGGAAGCAAAGGAUUUUUGAUUGAUGGUUAUCCACGGGAAAUUGCUCAAGGAGAGCAGUUUGAACGCGAGAUUCAAGCCGCCAACUCCGUCAUCUUCUUCGAUGUUUCUGAUGACAUCCUUGUUGAACGACUUCUACAUCGCGCAGAAACAAGUGGUCGCGUUGAUGACAACAUGGAAACGAUCAAGAAACGAUUGCACACCUUCAGCACUGCUACAGCCCCUGUUGUUGACUAUUACGAAAAGCUAAAGAAACUCAUUCGAAUCAAAGCUCAGGGUACUAUUGAUGAGAUCUUCUCCAUGGUCGUUCAACAAAUGGAUGUUGCCCUAGCAAGGACCUAAGCAUGCCUUGUGGAGAAUUACAUACCAUCGUUCACUAGUCUUGAUAGAUACCAGAUACGGAGUUAUAUAUGCUAGCGAUUUUAUGUGCCUAAUGUUUUCUAUGAAAAGAAUUCUAUGCGACCAUUGUUUUCAAUUCCUGUCUGAAAAAACACGCGGAGAAAA